AUCAACAUUCUAGCAUUGUCUAACUGAGGGUAAUUGCUGUUUGCACUGUAAUAGGACUAUAAAAGACUGGACUUUGUUUUUUGUACAUACAUUUGAUGACUGGAAUUCUGCUUUGACGUGCACAAGUACGACAUUACUUAUUAUGUUUGUAGAUGUUGAGAAAAAGUCAUCAUGUGUUUUGUGCAUUUACAAAAAUAGUUCAACUGCCAACCACUCUUUUUAGUCUCUUGUUUAAUUCCCUCCCUCUAUCUGUCCAAGUGUGAUGUCAUGCUAUGUAGUGUCAUGUUGAACACUGACUUCCUAUUGGUGCUUUCAACAGCUAAUGUUCCAGUUGCAUGAUGGGCAACUCCCCCAGCAUGCUUGGAGUGAAAGGUACUAUAACUGAGUGGACUCUGGUCUCUCAGGCUGCAUGAACGAAUGAACAAUCUUCAACUCUGUACAACUAUGGAUCCAAGUAUGCUUUUGUCUGUGCUGGUUGCUGUGUGCGUAAUAGUUGUAAGUGUGCUGUACUUCUCAAACAAGAAGAAACAGCCAGUCACCCUGCUCGAUCCUAUGGUUAAAUAUCCUCUGAAGCUCAUAGCUAAACAGGAAAUUAGUCAUGACACAAAGAAAUUUCGCUUUGGCCUUCCGUCUUCAGAUCAUAUCCUUGGAUUACCAGUAGGUCAGCACGUGUAUCUUUCGGCCAAGGUGAAUGGCAGCCUGGUCGUCAGAGCCUACACGCCAGUCUCCAGUGAUGACCAGCAAGGAUAUGUUGACUUGGUUGUCAAGGUGUACUAUAAGAACACGCACCCCUCAUUCCCAGAGGGAGGGAAAAUGUCGCAGUACCUGGACAACAUGGCGACUGGAGACGUAAUUGACUUCAGGGGACCUAACGGACUGCUCGUGUAUAGAGGCAAGGGUCAGUUUUCCAUCCGACCAGACAAGAAGUCCAAACCAAGGAAUUUGAAGUUUAAACAGAUUGGAAUGAUUGCUGGAGGAACAGGUAUUACACCAAUGUUGCAGUUAAUUCGGACAAUUGCAGCAGACCCCAGUGACAACACGAUGUGCCAUCUCAUUUUUGCCAACCAGACAGAGAAAGAUAUUCUUCUCAGGGAGGAGCUUCACGAGGUGGAGAAAAGCCAUCCUGACAAACUGAAGCUCUGGUUUACACUGGACAAACCUAGUGAAGGUUGGAAGUAUAGUUCUGGAUUUGUUACCUCGACUAUGAUCAAGGCGCACCUACCACCUCCAUCCUCAGACGUUCUUGUUGUUCUGUGUGGUCCCCCCCCAAUGAUCCAGUAUGCGUGUCUGCCAAAUCUGGACAAACUGGGAUACAAAACAGAACACAUUUUUGCAUACUAAUAUUAAGAUUAGCAAAAUAGUUCUUGUAAUAAUGCCGCUGUUUUUUAACACUGUCAAAACACAAUAAAUGAUUUUAUCAUCUUCUAAAA